CCUCGCCUUGGCCCUGCCGCAGCCGCAGGGAGUGGGGCGUCGUCCUUUUUCCCCUCCGCAGAGAGAGCAUCGAUCCGCCCAGGCCCUCCCCCGCCCCUCGCUAGCUGACCGCCGCCGCGUCGGCGCCGCACCGUCUCCUCAGACAUCCUCCGGUGUGAGGACCAGCCGGGCAGCCAACGGCUCCCGGCGUGCACCGCGGCGAGCGCUCUGAGGGAGCGGACGGGAUGCGCCGGCCGGGCGGCGUCUCUUGAGUCCCCGUGCCCCGCGGCAGGGCCGCCGCGCACCCGGCUCCCACCGUCCCUGCCCAUGGGCCGCGGGCCACCGCGAGGAGCAGGCCGAGCGCCGCAGCCGCCUGAGGGACCCUGGCAGGUCACCUGGAUGUCAGCAUGGCAGCCACAAACCUGGAGAACCAGCUGCACAGUGCGCAGAAGAACCUGCUCUUCCUCCAGCGGGAACAUGCCAGCACACUCAAGGGACUACAUGCUGAAAUCCGGCGGCUGCAGCAGCACUGCACAGAUCUAACAUAUGAGCUGACACUCAAAAGUUUCGAACUGACAGGAGACGGCUCUUCCAGGACGACGGAGCUGAAGAGGCGCUGUGAAGAGCUGGAAGCCCAGCUGAAGGCCAAAGAGGAGGAAAACCGCACGCUGCUGCAGGAGCUGGAGCAGAAGAACGCCGCCAUCGCCGUGCUGGAGAACACGGUCCGGGAGAGAGAGAGGAAGUACCUGGAGGAGCUGAAGGUGAAGAGCCACAAGCUGAGCAUGCUGUCGGGCGAGCUGGAGCAGCGCGCCAGCACCGUGGCCUACCUCACCUCGCAGCUGCAUGCCGCCAAGAAGAAGCUGCUGAGCUCCAGUGGCACCUCGGACGCCAGCCCCGCCGGCAGCCCUGCGCUGGCCAGCUACAAGCCCACACCCCCCAAGGACAAGCUGCCCGAGACCCCCCGCCGCCGCAUGAAGAAGAGCCUGUCUGCCCCACUGCACCCUGAGUUUGAGGAGGUCUACAGGUUUGGAGCCGAGAGCCGCAAACUCCUCCUUCGGGAGCCUGUGGAUGCCAUGCCCGACCCCACCCCGUUCCUGCUGGCCCGGGAGUCUGCCGAGGUCCAGCUCAAGGAGCGGCCUCUCGUCAUCCCUCCCAUCGCCUCAGAUCGUGGCGCCACCGGGCAGCAUAGCCCAGCCCGAGACAAGCCACACAAGACGCAUGUCGGGGUGGCUCACCGCAUUCAUCAUGUCACGUCGUCACAGGCCCAGCCCGAGGGAGAGACGAGGGCCGUGGACCAGGUGAAUGCAGGGAAGGUGAUGCGGAAGCACUCAGGGACAGACCGAACUGUGUGAAGCCUGCGGCCUGCCACCGCGGUCAUCCACGCACUGUGAGCGCCACAGGGAACCUCGCCCACAUCUUCCUCGCCUACCCAUGCCAAAUGUCUCCUCCUGUCGAAGCCUGGCUCCUGGCUCCAUAGUGACACAUGCUACAAUGAUGUCCCCGCUGAAGAUAUUUACUGGCACUGUGGCCAACGCCUGCAUGCCAAUAGCUUGCUUCCAGCCCCACGCCAUGAGAUCUCGGCGCACUCUAGAUAACGGCCAUGGCUGAAUCACUACACCGCACAGAAUCAGAAUCGCCUGAAGUCAAAGCGAAAUAAGGAGCUAUCCCUCCCCGAUCCAGGGCAGCCUAUGAGAGCAGAGCAGCAGCUCCUGCUCCUCCUGGAGACGCCUACCCUGCACAGUCCCUUUACCAAGCAGCUACGUCUCAUGAUCUUAGCAAGGUGACCUCAUCCCUGAUGUCGCCCCAACCUGAUUGUGUGUUCAUAAUUUUUUUGUUAGUUUCAUCCAAAUGUUCAGGAUCCAACAAAUGUUAUUUUCUAAACCCGCCCUCCUUUUCCUCUGCGUUUUUUUGAAGCACCGAGGGACUGUGGAGGAGGUGGUCGGGAGGACGGAGCAGGUGGGGUGGGAGGACUUGCUGCCUAGAGCCGUUGCCGAAGUCGUUUGUGGCAGAAGCUGCAUUCUGUCCUGCCCAGGCUCCGCACUGCCUCCCUGUCUCCAGCUGGCCAGCCCAGUCUCACAGUGUAAGAGACGCAGCCAGUGGCCCUUUGUCCCGGAGCCACACACAGGCCCUGGCAGAGAAGGUCUGGAGCUCGGGCAGGAACUGAACGCUUGAGCCUUCUGUGCUCGUGCCAGAAGGGAGCACGUGCUGGAGCAGCCAGAGGUGGAAGCCCACACCAGUGGCUUAGCAGGAAGGGAGAGAGAAUGCACUUGCCUUAAAACUUGCUCUGGCGUGUGCUCUGCCCAGAGUUCUCUGUAACAGAAGCUUGAGAGGCUGCAGCCAGUUCAGCACCCACGUGGUGGCUCAGUUAGCUGUAACUCCAGGAACCACCUUACACGUGGUGCACGGAUACUCAGACAGGCUCUCACACAUACACAGAAA